AUGACCGUCCUUGCAGUACCGAUGGGGGUGAGAGCAUAUGCUGUACCCAAGGAUUCCUAUGCACUUCAAACAAACUCUGCCGAGCUCCCGAAGGUCAUCCUUGGGCGAAGAAUCCGAAACUGUUCAUACGGGGAACAUGUACAGAUAAGACGUGGAAGUCCCCAAAUUGUCAAGGCCACUGAUUGUUGCUCCGACACGUUUUCAGUCUUCGAGCUGGGGGAGCCGAAUAUUGUAGCAACAGCUGGAACAUCGGCAGCGUCAAAACCAACGACAUCAGCAUCGACUGAAAGGACCAGAUCGACGGAAUUGACAGCAUCAACCAAAACGACUGGAUCGACCGAGCCGGCAACAUCAUCACAACCCUCAAUAUCUUCGGACACGAGCGUACCCUCCCCCGAUUCAAGCAGGGGCCCGGUUUCGGCACCUUCAGACAACCCAACACCCACUUCAAGCCCAGAGGAAGCCGGCCACUCUUCUGGUUUGCGUAUUGGAAUUGGUGUCGGUGUGGCCGCUGGGGUUGCUACAGCCCUAGGCGUUGGUGCAGUUGCAUGGUUUAUCUCCAGAAGGAAAAAGAGGCGGGAAGCCUCUGGCAACUAUGAUCAAGUUGACAGCAACCAAAGUGACAGCAGUGUUCCCAGCCGCUUUGCUGAACUCAGAGAUUCAAAGAACGACGUGAUGAUACCAAUACCACCAAGGGAACUUCCGACCAAGGAACCAGCAGCAUCUAGAAACAAAGAGCCUCUUCCCGAUCCCGGAGCCAGGCUGGGCUUAGAUAAGCAGGAACGGUGCCGGCGGGAAAAUUAUCAACUUCGAACCCCGCGGUUGAGUCAUUGCUGCUUGCACCGACAAACCAACAAGAAGCGAACCGCAAUCACCUCUGCGCGAGCUACCAUCAUGGGUGCCGAGGGGGCUCCGGUGCAAGAGCGCCUGAACAGGUGGGCGCAGAGACUAAGGAAUCUAACCGUAUCACCUCUCACGCGAGACUAUCCAGAGUCCACCCCGUCCGGUCACGAUGCUUCGAAGAGGCCAAUUGAAGCAUUCGAGUCGUUGCAGCUCUCCUCCGAGGUUCAGUCAGCUAUCAGCAAGCUUGCGGGACCUGGUGACCCAAGUUUCCUUGUUUUCCUCACCGCAUUCGUCGUUCUUGUGAGCCGGUUGACCGGAGACGAAGAUAUUGCCCUGGGAACGAGUUCGGAGAGCGACGGACGCUCGUUUGUGCUACGCGUGCCUAUCUCUCACAGCGAAUCAUUUGCCCAGCUUUAUUCUAAGGUUAAGCAGGCGUUUACUGAGGGGGCAUCUGACAUUGUACCCCUCAGAACGCUCAGAACGCACAUUCAGAAGACGAAUAACUCGGAGCGCACCCCGAUUUUAUUCCGUUUCGCAGCAUAUGAAGCUCCCGCCACGUCGCAAGAAUAUCCUGCCAAUACUUUUGAGACUACCGAUCUUGUCCUAAAUGUCGCCCCUGAAACCUCGUCAGACGACGGCAAGUUGGAACUGGGAGGAUACUACAACCAACGUCUAUUCUCCAGUGCGAGGAUAUCCACAAUACUGGCUCAGCUUGCUCAGCUGAUCUGCAACGUCUCCAACAGCCCAAACGAGGCUGUAGGCAGACUGGAGUUCCUCACCGAUAGCCAAAGAGAGAUUCUUCCAGACCCUACUAAAGAUUUGCAUUGGUCCGAAUUCCGGGGAGCAAUUCAGGAUAUAUUUGCUAUAAAUGCGGAAAAACACCCGGACAAAUUAUGCGUCGUUGAGACAAAAUCAAGGAACUCCCCUCACCGGGAGUUCACUUACAGGCAGAUCCAUGAAGCCUCCAAUAUCCUAGGUCACCACCUAGUUCAGUCCGGCAUACAAAGAGGCGAGGUUGUUAUGGUGUAUGCCCAUCGUGGAGUCGAUCUUGUAGUUGCAAUCAUGGGUAUCCUAAAAGCCGGAGCAACCUUUUCAGUGAUAGAUCCUGCGUAUCCUCCAGAUAGACAAAACAUCUACCUGGAUGUCGCCAGGCCACGAGCUCUGAUCAAUAUCAAAAAAGCCACACAGGACGCCGGUGAAUUGACAGAAAAGGUCCGCGCUUUCAUCAAUGACAACUUGGAACUCAGGACAGAAAUCCCCGCUCUAGCUCUGAACGAUGAUGGAUCUUUACAGGGUGGAAUCAUUGAUGAAACAGACGUGCUGGCACCCCAAUUAAACUUGAAAUCCAAACCAGUUGGCGUUGUGGUUGGUCCAGAUUCCACUCCCACACUUUCUUUUACAUCCGGUUCUGAAGGCCGGCCAAAGGGUGUGCGUGGGAGACAUUUCUCACUUGCCUACUACUUUCCUUGGAUGUCGAAAACCUUCAAUCUUUCCGACAGUGAUCGGUUCACCUUGCUGAGCGGCAUUGCUCAUGACCCAGUUCAACGUGACAUCUUCACCCCCCUUUUCUUGGGAGCUAUGCUUCUAGUACCUUCCCGUGAAGAUAUUCAGAAUGAGAAACUUGCAGAAUGGAUGCGCGAGUACAAGGCCACCGUUACCCACUUGACCCCUGCAAUGGGGCAAAUCCUUGUUGGUGGAGCUACAGCCCAGUUCCCAUCUUUACAUCACGCAUUCUUUGUUGGCGAUAUUUUGAUUAAGAGAGACUGUAUGUCACUCCAAGCUCUCGCACCUAAUGUCAACAUCGUGAACAUGUACGGCACUACGGAGACUCAGCGUGCUGUGAGCUAUUUUGAAAUUCCAUCCUAUGCCACCCAGGAGUCGUACCUUGAUAUGAUGAAGGACGUCAUCCCGGCUGGGAAAGGCAUGGUGGAUGUGCAAUUGUUGGUCGUUAAUCGUUUUGAUCGAACCAAACUCUGUGCCAUUGGUGAAGUGGGUGAGAUAUACGUGAGAGCUGGCGGUCUUGCUGAAGGAUAUCUUGGAGCUCCGGAGUUGAACGAAAAGAAAUUCUUGUCCAAUUGGUUUAUUGAUCCAAAGACUUGGCAAGACCGUGAGAAAGCACAACAAAAUGAAACUGCCAAUGAGCCUUGGAAAGAAUUUUACUUUGGGCCUAGAGACCGUCUCUACCGAAGUGGCGACCUUGGACGAUAUACCCCUACUGGUGAGGUUGAAUGCUCUGGUCGAGCUGAUGACCAAGUGAAGAUACGAGGCUUCCGAAUCGAGCUUGGGGAAAUUGACACCCAUCUAUCAAGACACCCACUGGUGCGAGAAAACGUGACUUUAGUUAGAAGGGAUAAGUUCGAAGAGCCAACCUUGGUGAGCUAUAUCGUUCCACAAAUGGGCAGGUGGUCAUCUUGGUUAGAAGAAAAGGGCCUGAAAGACGAGGACUCUACCGAAGGAAUGAUCGGGAUGCUAAGGCGAUUCCGGCCGUUGCGUGAAGAUGCGAGAGACUACCUUCGUGGAAAACUUCCCAGCUACGCCGUGCCAACAGUUAUUAUUCCGCUCAAACGUAUGCCCCUCAAUCCCAACGGCAAAGUUGACAAGCCUGCCUUGCCAUUCCCAGACACAGCUGAAUUAAGUGCUGCGGCCCCUCGCCGUAGAUCAUCUGUCAUGCAACAGCUAUCAGAAACAGAGAUCACAUUGGCACAGAUCUGGGCUAAGCUCCUUCCCAACAUUUCGGCGAAGAUGAUUGGGCCAAAUGAUUCAUUUUUUGAUCUUGGUGGCCACAGCAUUCUUGCUCAGCAGAUGUUUUUUGAGCUUAGGCGCAAGUGGAGGAGUAUCGACCUCAGCAUGAGUGCUAUUUUUCGUAGCCCGACCCUCAGGGGAUUUGGGAAUGAAAUCGCACGUUUGCAGGACAUGAAAUCGUUCACAAGCGACUCUCAACUUGACGAAUCGGCAACAGGAGCAGUUGCCGAAACGGAUUCUCGAAACGAGUAUUCCGAAGAUGCGAAAAAAUUGUUGGAAACUCUUCCAGGACGAUUCCUCCCGACGACAGAGUCCGUGUUGCACAAUGGUUCUAUUGUUUUCUUAACCGGCGCAACGGGUUUCCUUGGGGCUUUCAUCCUUAAAGAACUGCUUUCAAGAGAGAACCCUUCUGUUAACGUGUUUGCACUUGUCCGUGCCAAAUCUUCAGAGGCGGCACUUGAACGUGUUCGGUCAACAUGCGCAGCUUAUGGUUUCUGGUCAGAGAGCUGGGUUCGCAGACUUCAUUGUGUGCAAGGGAAUCUUGGUGACGAAAAAUUUGGCUUAUCCGAUCAACUCUGGAGACAUCUUACCCUAACUGUGGAUGUUGUAAUCCACAACGGAGCCUUAGUUCAUUGGGUUUACCCAUAUUCUCACCUCAGAGGCCCUAAUGUGCUUGGCACAGUUGAUUCCUUGAAGCUCUGCGCUGAAGGAAGGCCAAAGCAAUACGGUUUUGUUAGUUCCACAAGUGUGCUAGAUGCAAAUCAUUUUGUGGAGGAGUCGGAGCGCAUCGUUGCAGCGGGCGGGACCGGGAUUAGCGAGUCUGACGACCUUUCUGGUAGCAGCAUCGGAUUGGGCACAGGGUACGGCCAGAGCAAGUGGGUGGGAGAAUACCUCGUUAGAGAAGCUGGUCGAAGAGGGCUAAAGGGUUCUAUUAUCCGGCCCGGUUAUGUUACUGGCGACUCAAUAACUGGAACGACGAACACUGAUGAUUUCCUUGUUCGAAUGAUGAAGGGCUGCAUCCAACUGUCUGCUAGGCCUAACAUCAACAACACAGUUAACAUGGUGCCAGUUGAUCAUGUUGCAAAGGUUGUUGUAGCUUCCGCCUUCUUCCCGCCGCACUCCCAACUUUCCGUUUCCCAUGUCACCAGCCACCCUCGUCUACGAUUCAAUCAAUUUUUGGGCGCUCUACAAACAUAUGGCUAUGAUGUUCCGCAAGUCGACUACGUGCCAUGGGCAAGUUCCCUCGAGCGAUAUGUCAAUGAUGGUGACCGCAACACAAACGAUCAGCAUGCACUAAUGCCUCUCUAUCACUUCGUCACGGCAGACCUUCCCUCGAAUACCAAAGCCCCCGAACUCGAUGAUGUUAACGCUUCGUCUGCACUCCAGGCUGAUGCUAAGUGGUCUGGAAAGGACGUUUCCAAGGGAAGUGGUGUAACAGAAGAACUUGUUGGGCUUUACCUGGCAUACCUGGUGGAAAUAGGGUUCCUGCCCGCUCCCACGGUAGCUGGUUCCAAGUCUCUCCCUAAAGGAGAUAUUUCAGACGCUCAGAAAUCUGCUCUCAGGGCAGUUGGAGGCCGUGGAGGGCAAAGUUAA